AUAUCAUCAAAAUAUUGUUUCCUUCUUCUCCUUGUGAUCCUGAAAACUUUCCCAUGUGCUAAAGCUAGGCUUCAUCAGUUCUUUGCAGGCAACUGGCAAUUUUUUUUCUCUAUUUUUCUUCUGUUUUUGUAGUUUCCAUAAUAUGCAACAUUCUUCUAAGCUAAACAAAAACAAAAGUACAAAAAACCCUGCAAAAGAAACUGCACAAGAUCCAACGAAAAACUUCCCAACAGUUUAGUACUACUACAUUACCGGAAAACCCCAUGAGUUUCUAAAACUUUUCCCAUGUUUAGUCUGUCAGCACAGCAAAAAAAAAAUGAACUUGUUUCUGUAAGGACAACAAGGAAUUGAAAAAGAAAAACUACUUCCAACAAUGGAUGAACUAAACCAAUGAAGAUUUAGAGUUUGUUUCUCUGUCUGUCUGUCUAUCUCUUUCUCUCUCAGGAACUGUUGGUAUCCGUCUUAAGGUCUAGCUAUGGACUUCAGGACACGUCUUGAUUAUGCUUUGUUCCAUCUCACUCCAACUAGAACCAGAUGUGAUCUGGUGAUUUUUGCCGGGAAAGAGAAUGAGAAAUUGGCGUCAGGAUUGUUAGAACCCUUCAUUUCACACCUCAAAAGUGCUAAAGAUCAGAUAUCAAAAGGAGGGUACUCUAUAACUCUUCGUCCAGUGGGCUCAACGCCUUCCUGGUUCAUAAAAGGCACUCUGCACAGGUUUGUGAGGUUUGUUAGCACACCAGAAGUUCUUGAGAGAUUUGUGACAGUGGAGAGAGAAAUUGAGCAGAUUGAGAAUUCAAUUCAAUCAAAUGAAGCAAAUGCUACAGGGGCGACAGAGGCAGAUGGAACUGAGUCAGUUGUUUCAGGAAAUUUCCAAAAGUCAUUUUCUUCAUCAAAGUCAAAAGGUGAAUACAAUGGAACCGGUGAUGCUGUUCAAGAGGAAAAUUCCAAGGUUCGUCUUCAACGAGUUCUGGAAACUAGAAAGAAAGUACUUUCAAAGGAGCAAGCAAUGGCUUAUGCUCGUGCUCUGGUUGCUGGAUAUGAACCUGAUAAUAUAGAUGACCUCAUAUCUUUUGCAGAUGCUUUUGGUGCUUCACGUUUAAGGGAAGCUUGCAUAAAUUUCAUGGACUUAUGCAAGAGAAAGAAUGAAGAUAGGCUUUGGAUGGCUGAAUUAGCAGCAAUGCAAGCAAGUACUAGACCAGACUUGUCUUACCUCGAAACAUCUGGAAUCAUACUUGCUGGGGAAGAAAAUGAUCCUAGUCAAAAUCUUAUGACGAAUUUCUCUGGCGGGAAGCAUAAUGGUUCAGCCGAUGCCUUUGAUGCUAGCAGUGGAGAUAUUAACCAAGAUGAUAGAUUGCCAUCCACAGAUGGGAAAGCUCAAGUACAAAUGCCGUGGCCACCCCAUUUUCCUCAGUACAUGCACAAUUUUCAGGGUCCUCCAUUUCAGCAAAUGCCUCCAUAUCAAGGCUACCUUUUUCCUGGUAUGCAUGCUGCCCCUCCAUAUUAUUCAGGGAAUAUGCAUUGGCCUCCAAAUGUAGAGGAUUCUAGUCUUAGUCGUGCAUGGGAACCAGAUGAUCGUAGAAGUCAUAAAUCGUCUUCUAGGAGCAAAAAGAAAUCUUCGCGUGGGAAGGGUGAUGAAACUUCAAAGCAAGAUGAAUCCACUGAGACUAGUGAUUCCAGCUCUCAGAGUGAACCAGAAGAGCAGGUGCAUAAGAAAAAGCAUGGAAAGAAAUCCUCAAGAAAGGUUGUCAUCCGCAAUAUUAAUUACAUUUCUUCCAAGAGGAAUGGAGAAAAGGGCAGUGAUUCUGAAAAGACUUCUGAUGAGGAUGAGUUCAUUGAUGGAGAUUCUCUCAAACAGCAAGUAGAGGAGGCUGUUGGAUCGCUGGGGAGACAACAUAAAUCUACCUCACGUCAUCAUAAGAAGCGCGAAGGAAGCAAGCAUCGAAACACUAUUUCAUAUGAUGAAGAUGAACUGGAAACUCAGGUUGGUACUGCAAAAAAUUCUGAGGGAGAAAGAAGAAACAAUCCCUGGGAUGCUUUCCAGAACCUUCUGUUGCAGGACAAGGAUUUGGAUUCUUCAGAAGUAGAUCCUGUAAGGUUGAAAGAAGAAUAUUUUGCGAGCAAGGGCUCAGAAGAUGGAAGGUCAACAGCAUUUAACCCAAACUCUGAGGGAGUAACAAAGCAGCGAGCUAUCUCAAGUGAUCCCUUUCUGGCCUCACAGAUGGAUAGGGGUCAUGAAGGUGAAACUCCAGUUGGAAACUUUGGAACUAAUGAAUUUGGUGGCCCGGUUGUUAAGAGAAGGGAGAGCACAAAUGAGGAGUUGUUAAUGUUGCAAGGCAAUGAUUCUGGGAUCAGUUCCACAGCUAAUAUCUCUGAUUAUGUCACAGAAUCGACUAUGAUCAGAAGUCGCAAGGAAGGAGAAUGGUUUAUCAACAAACAACUGGAUAAAUCAGCAAAUCAGGAUGAGAUCAUGGGCCUCAAAAUGUUUGAUGGGGAUAAUGCUUCUUUAUUAGCUGGGGAACGUUUCAACUCUGAGAAAAACAAAAAAGACGUUUUCGUUGAUGACUCUUUAAUGAUUCAAGGUCCAUCAGUGGGAGAAGAUCAAUCUGAUUCUCAGUUAAGGAUAGGUAUAGGCAUGGUUCCAGAAAUUGAAGCAACUCAAUACGAAAAUGUCAAUUCAGAAAAUGUACAGAAGACUGCUUCUUUUUCCUAUGAGCCAGAUGACCUUUACAUGAUGCUUGGGCGUGAUUCAGCUGAGGAGAAUGCCAUGACUUCUUGGACUCCAGAAAUCGACUAUGAAAUGAAUGUACUAUCUGCUGAAGCGAAUAGAAAGCACUCUGAUGUUGAAACAACUGGUGCUGGUGGUAAAAAACGUGGAAGUUCUGAGGGAAAACUUUCAAAUAAAGAAGUCCGUUCUAGAGUUUCCAAUGGAUCUCUUGUCAAGAGCAAAUCAGAUAUAGCAUCAAAGAGCAGGAAACCACCAGCUGGAAGCCAAACCACAGUACGGAAAACCAAAUUUGAUCAGGAAGAGGAGAAUAGAAAGAAAAUGGAGGAGUUACGGCUCCAGCGCCAGAAGAGAAUUGCUGAGAGGAGUUCUGCUAGUGGUCCUAAUCCUGUUACUUCCAGGAGGAGCUCCACAGAAAAUAAAACUUCAACAACUUCUAUGAAGAGUCAACAGCUGAAUCAGGACACAAAGAAAUUAUCAAAGCCAGUCCUUAGAAGUUCCACUAUAGAACGCCUUGCAACUGCACGCAAUACUUCAAAGGUCUCAUCAGCUGAAUCAAAAUCAAGCCGGCCAAAAAGGUCAACAUUGAAGGAAAAUGGUUCUUCAACAACAGAAUCUCAGAAGACUGAUUGUGUUGAGGAUAAGAAAUCAAGCACAAACAAAGUCAAAGCUUCACAAAUGAAAAGUGGCACAAAUAAAGUACUUUCCAGUGAUUCUGAUGCACAAGGAAAGGACUCCAAAGAGGUCACAGUAGCAUUGCCAACGGAACCAGCAGCAUCCAAGGCAAUUCAACCUGCUGACAUUGUUGAUGAUUUCAAAGACAUUCAGGAGUUGCAGAGUACUUCAAUAGAAAAAACUGAAGGGAAUGCAAUUUCUCAAAGAAACACAUCUGUGGACAGGAGCUCCAAUGGACAUAGGCUCUCUGAAGAUAAGCUAGAACAAUUAGGUGAUAUAAAAGGUGAUGAGGAAUUUACUAAGGCAUCUACAGUUGUUUCUGAAGACAAAAGAGCACCAGAAGAUUUUGCUGAAGAUAUUCCUGAGAAGACUGUUCAUCCCUUGCCACGAUUGCCUAACAAGACUGUCAAGUUUUCCACUGUAAAUAUCGAAGGGAACUGUGCAAGGAAUGAAAAAUAUCUGUCACCUAGGAUUUCUGAAAUAGAGAUCUCAACUCCACCGCCAAAUAAUGGAAUGGACACAGAACCAGUACACCUCAGAAAGAAAUGGAACAAUGAUGAAAGCUCAACUAAAGCAGCCAAAGGGUUUAGAAAGCUCCUUUUCUUUGGAAAGAAAAGCAGAAACUCUGCUACUUAACUGAUUCCAUAGACCUAGUUAAUUCUUGCUACCAGCUUAUAAGUGUGUACUUGCCAUUCCAUAAUGCUUAUGCUUCAGGUUUUUGGUUGUUCGAGAGCUUCAGGUGGAGCGUACGAAUAAGGCCUUUGAUGUUGCUGCCAUUCAAGGAUUCAUGAAAUAAAAAUGAAAAAUAAAAAACGAAAAAAAAAAAGUAUUCAUACUGUAAUUUAUCUGUCUGAUAUAUCAUGCUGUAAGGGUUAAAAAACAUUCUUUUUGCUUGCUGUGCCUUUGUAAUCUACACUUGUUUUCACAUUUGAGUCAUUUUUGAAUCAUUUGCAAUUGUUAUUCAAAUCUUUGAUUUUAAGUUCCAUAUGAACACCUGUAAUUUUUCAUGGUAGCUGGACCAGAAAAGAUGUUACCAAUGGCUAACUUAUCAGUCCAUU